AUGGGCGUGCGUGUGUGGAUAAUUCUGAUCAUCGCGCUGAGCGCGCGCGGUGGGGGCGUGGACGGCGCGCGGGUGCGAUUGGAUCGUGAUUUUAAUCAUCUUCGUUUGACGAAAACAACUCGCGACGCCGACGCCGUGCGCGAGCUCCCCGGUUACGGCGCGCCACCCACGGCGCAGUUCUCGGGGUUUUUGGAUGCGUCGAGUUCGACUCCGGGGACGAUGCUGCAUUACUGGUUCGCGGCGAAGGAGACGGCUGACUGGUUAACGGAGCCAACUGUGUUUUGGUUCAACGGCGGACCAGGAUCGAGUUCUUUGCUAGGAUUUUUACAGGAGCAGGGACCGCUGUUGAUCAACGCCACGGGUGGUUUAAUGCGUAAUCCGUUCUCUUGGACCAAACACGCGAAUUUCGUGGCAUUGGAGUCACCGGCGGGCGUGGGAUGGUCGUACUGCGAAGAGAUGACGCGAGGCGGCGAUUGCGCCAAUGAUGACAUCAGCACGGCCGCGGACGCUCGGGCGGCCGUAGUGAGCUUUUUCGAGAAGUUUCCCGAGCUCAGACGAAACAAGCUUUAUCUCACCGGUGAAUCGUACGCCGGCGUGUACGUCCCUACAUUGGCUCGUUCAAUUUUGGAUUACAACGACGCGCAGAGCGGCAAUGAGUCGAGGAUUCCCCUCGCAGGCGUCGCCGUGGGGGAUCCGUGCACCGACAACGAGUCACAGAAAGACUCAAUGGACAUGCUUUGGUACGGACACAAGUAUGGUUUCGUUCCAGAGACGGAAUUCAAACUUCUUUGGCACACAUGCAACCAUCGUUACACAAAACCACUGACACACGGGAAGUGGAAGAAGAAGACUCUGAAGAAAUCUUUGUUCGAGGUGUUUGAUCAUGUCGUGGAUAAGGGUACUUCUGAGGAGUGCAAAGUUGCACAUCGCAAGUUCCUGUGGCAAACGUCAAACGCGUUCAGCCAGGAUUGGCGAUUUGCAUGGAUCAACGAUUUAUCGUUGUUUGGUCCCGCCGCACUUGCUGAGGGCGGAGAAAACGUACCCGGCACUCUCGAUUACAUGACGACGCAGUGGAUGAUGCGUGGUGAUGUUCGCAAGGCGCUCCACGUGGACGAAUCCGCGGCGAAGCAAUGGCCCGGUCCGACCGACAACUGGUUGUACACAAAGUCUUGGGCCGCGUGCAACGACGACGCAGACACGUCGACGCAGAGCAUGAUCGAUUUCUAUCGAAGCAUCUCGCCAAGAUUGGAACGAACCAUCGUGUAUAAUGGUGACACAGAUCCUUGCGUAUCUUACGAAGGUACUCGCGAAGCAAUCAUCAAGGUUGGUUUCGCAGAGCUCAAGGGCGGCUCACAGCGACCGUACUUCUUCAAUGCCUCUGGAGUUCCGGCGUCGCUUCUUCAAGAGAAACCGCUGCUUUACGGGCCUGAUCUCGCGACAAUUGACGCCGGGGCGCAGUUUGCCGGCCACGUCGUCGAUUACGAGAACAAUCUCUCGUUCAUCACCAUACACGGCGCCGGGCACAUGUGCCCGCAGUUCCGUCCGCAAACAUCCCAGCUCUUGAUUCGAAAGCUUCUCACCGGCGAUGCGUUCGCGCCGCCGAUGCCAACGAACAACAGACUCGCAUCCACAAACGAGGAGGAGUUCCAGAGAGACAUGGACGCUUGGGUCGUCGAGGCACAGGGCUCAAAGUACAUUGAUUAA